CACUGCUACUCGUACCCUCUAGCAGUGUUGCUCCAUACCAACGUAACCUGUCUGUUGUUUUCCCUGGGUGUGCCCAUAACUUUUCGUCUUCUCUUCUAUCUCCAUCUCUCGAGCUUUGUACAACAGACCUUACGCACCUCUAGAACUUCUUCAUCACUGAGGAGGGAGUAAUCAAGAAAAUACUUGCCCGUCUUCCAGAUACCUAGUAAUAGCCCCUGGUGCCUCCUCACACGACCCUCCCAAGCAAACAAUUGGACCCUGAACCGACCCGAAUCGAGCAGGCUCCCAUUUACUGUGCAGUACACCGGUUCGGCCACCUUCUUCUUUGGUUGCCACCUCUCACGAUCCUGCGCAAACCUGCAUUGUCACAAACAACAUCGAGAACCACUUCUCGUCCUUCUGCUUACCGCUGUUUGACCAACUUCACCAGUCAGGUGGUUAGCGAGAUCUUGGACGCAAGGGAGGCGAGACCACCAGCCAGUCGACCUCAUCCCUGCACCCUGGUUUGCAGAAUUUGAAGCAUCCCUAUUGCUCCAUCUUACACUUCUCCGGCACCCUUGCAUCGCGGACACGCAUUCCAGCUGCACUCGCCAUCCAAUCACUCAACGCUUGUCGCUGUCACACUUGACGACUCUCCCUUUGUCCAACUUGACCGCAGCCUGAAUCAGCACACGCCCCCCGUCCUAAAUAUCUCCCCUACCAGAAUACUUCGCCAUACUCCGAUUCCGACAUUGUGUCUCUCCUUCUGGCCAUCCUCAGCGUCGUUAUACAGCCGUCCAACGACGACAACACCCUCCUCUCUGACCGCCGACACAUGACACUGCCUCACCAUGCCUUACAACACUCGCCGGAAAUCUCUCUCCUUGCCCUCGCUCGGCAUCCAUCUGCCUAGUGGCUCUCGUGUACACCGCCUGAGCCUCAAGGCUACACCAACCUCCGAGACCACUCAAACUCCUCCUGCAAAGAAAUUGAAACGUUCGCAUGAUGGGGACGAGCCUCUCUCACCAGUCUCGUCGCCUCGAUCUAAAACCGGAUCUCCUGCGAUCGAUCUCCCCGAGCCCACACCGUUGUCACGACGAGCCGCAGCCGAACAGACCCCUCCGCCUUCUCCUAAACUUCAUGCGCUCCCGGUUCGCAAGAUCGAUACUGAAGGGAUAAACGACGACAUAGUCAUCGCUGUCAUCGCACAGUUGGAGAAGACUGGCAAUCGUCCUCAUCUCAUCAAAGACUUGGCCACCAUACUCGCCUCUACGAAUGCUAGCAUUGCACAUUCUGCAAAUCCAGCCGCACUCUUGUCAUCCCGUCUCAGCCUGUACCUGAAACGACCAUGGACUGCCUUGUCGCCGUGUCCUCUGGCCAAGGAGCUGAUACCGGUCCACCCAAGGAAAGUCUUCUUCUUCCUCACGACUCAACCGAGGUUGCCUCUACCUACCUCCUCCGACGAUAUCCUCCCUCCGUCGAUGAUCAAGGCCAAGAUCCUCACGCCCAGUGUGUCAGAACACAGCCAAAACGAUGACGAGUUGGAACUGGACCAGCGACAAAGAGCAAGGUUUUCUCCCAGCCCGGAAGUAGAGCUCUACUCUCCGGAACUUGACCAGGAAGAUCCCAUGCAACCACCUUCACCUGGGGAGCCUUUCAGCAACAGGAGUAGCCUGAAUCCCGACGGUACGCCUGAGGUCCGGCGCAGACCUAAUCGGGCACCCAGCCCACCAUUGGAGGCAGAUGAAAAAGGCUUCACCGAGACGGCCACAGCGGUACGUGCUCGUGGUAUGAGUCUACACAAUCUCACUGUUCAGCCAUCAGUCGAGGUGGACGAGAAGAUUGUCGAAGUGAUAGAAGAGACUCCCGAACAGCGACAAAAGCGUGACCGCGAACUCGGCAUGGAGCUGUUCGGCCAGUCUCACCCGGGACUGCAUGUGCCGGAACAGAAAUUGUUCUCCAGUAGUCCGAUGAUUCAGGCCAGACACGAUCACUCCUCCGCAACAGCAAGAAUGGACCUGACGCUGCGGCUGGAUGACAUGGACAUGGGCGAAGCCGCCUGGUCCAUGACAAGUCCCGAGCAGAUCGAAGUAGACGAGCUUGACGUGCUGUUUACGGGAUUCUGAAUGAACAAGACUUUUCUCACCUCGACCACUCUAGCCUGCUCUCCACUUACCUGCACAUGGCCUGACCAGCGUUUUCAACCAUCUAUUCACGAUCUGCGCAAUAUCUCAGCACCCUUUGAUUUAUGUGCCUGUUGUAUUUGGGCUCCUUGGACCGGGAUGUUAGGGCCAGGAUUGACAACAUAAAUAUUGUAUUGGGAGGUGGCUAAGCACGCUCAUGUUUGAAGAAUGAUGAGAGGAUGAGACUAUAUGUAGGAUUAGCAAUCGGAUGCUCCUUUCGAGCAGCACCUUUUUACCUUUUUACCUUUUUAACAAGACGUCUUGAUUGCUACUUGGAAAGAGGAUUAAUGCAUAGCUAAGUAUUGCUAAGCCUCGUUUGUGCAGUGGCUGAAUAUCACUUGUCCUGCCACCUACUUACUAUACU